UACUGAGCUACAUUAAUUGUAUAUGUUUUACAAGUACCUGGAUUUGUCUUGGAACCAAAAGAACGCAUAGUAAUAGUUAUUUUCCGGAAUUAUUUAUGUAAAACACACGUUAUGUCUGCCGCUGCAAAUAGCAAAGGAUUUCACUACGCAUCCAUUCGCUACUGUCAUAGACUAAUAACAACUGCGGUUACCCAGCUAUUUAUGAGAUCAACCAUCUUUGGCUGAAAUGAAUUUUCUACGUAACCGUCUUGUUGUGCUGGGCCUGGUGUUGCUGGCCACUGUUCUGUUGUACCUGCUACUGCCGUCCAUUCGUCAGGGCAGCAUGGAGCCUUCGCUGGAUGUCCAGAGGAUGGGCCUGGUGGCUGUCUCUCCUCCUCCGCCUCCUGCCAUCAACGUGUCCGUCCGCACAGGGCAGCUACCCGGGGACCCUCCACUCUUCUUCAGGGAAGCUUUGCCGGUCGAUGGAUCUGGUAGGCAGAUAUUGCCCAGGCUGCAAGUGGUCCUUCUCCAUGGCCAAGCUUUCUCUUCCAAAACCUGGGAGGAACUGGGCACCCUGGCCUUGCUGGCCACAAACGGAUACCAGGCCUUGGCUGUGGACCUACCAGUUAUUUCUCCCACCAGGAUUUGGGAACUCUCCAGACUCGGAUGCUGUGAAGACAGACCAGCAUCGGGUGGACCUUCUGGGGAGGUUUAUGGAGGCUUUGGGCGUGAGGACAGCGGUGCUGCUCAGCCCCUCUAUGAGCGGCCACUACUCCAUCCCCUUCCUCAUGAAACACAGUGCCCAGCUGCACGGCUUCAUCCCCAUAGCCCCAGUAGGAACCCGCAGCUACACCCCUCAGCAGUACCAGGGCAUCCAGACUCCUACUCUGAUUGUGUUUGGAGCGCUGGACACCAACCUGGGGGCCCAGUCCCACAAGAAUCUCAUGCAGCUCCCACACCACUCAGUCCUGAAGAUGGAGGGGGCGCGCCAUGCCUGCUACAUGGACAAACCUUGGGAGUUCCACCAAGCACUGUUGGACUUUCUCAGCAAACUGGAGUGAGAGGGGAAGGAAAAAAGAGAUAAACAGGGUUGUGUUUGCGUGGAAGUGGAGAGAUUAUACACAAAUAAGAAAAAGGGAAAGUAGUCCUCUGGGAUAAUAGGGCAAAGGCUGCUUUUGAUAUUACAAAUUACCCCGGGCCCCCUGGUUACCCUGGUAGAGUGGCUUACCCCUGGCCCUUAGCCACCCUGGUAGAGUGGCUUACUCCAGGCCCCUAGUCACCCUGGUAGAGUGGCUUACCCCAGGCCCUUAGCCACCCUGGUAGAGUGGCUUACUCCAGGCCCUUAGCCACCCUGGUAGAGUGGCUUACCCCAGGCCCCUAGUCACCCUGGUAGAGUGGCUUACCCCAGGCCCUUAGCCACCCUGGUAGAGUGGCUUACCCCAGGCCCUUAGCCACCCUGGUAGAGUGGCUUACCCCAGGCCCCUAGUCACCCUGGUAGAGUGGCUUACCCCAGGCCCUUAACCACCCUGGUAGAGUGGCUUACUCCAGGCCCCUAGUCACCCUGGUAGAGUGGCUUACAUUGCGAUGCUUUUGUUGACAACCCAUCAAAUCGAGAGCAACUUUAAAAGAAGUUUACUCUUUGAGUUGAGCAUGUAGAACAGAAUAUAUGCAAAUUCAAAGACUAGAAGCAAAGACUUGAGUUUUUUUCUACAGGCAUCAUUAUUGGUUCCAUGAUGAAGAUCAACAUCAGUUAGUUGAGAUGAGGAUGAAGAGGUUAAAGGAGAUCUAAGGCGAUACUACCAGGGUCGUAUUCAUUCAUGCACACUGUAGCAAAGUGUUUUAUAACGGAAAACAAAAACAAGUGUUUCUUAUUGGACAAGUUCAGGUAGUCCCUUCCUGUUUCAUCCCUUUUGCUUCUGUUUGGUUCAUAGUGAAUACAAACGACCCUGUUUAGCGAAAUUACCUGUGAAAAUUGUGAGAUCAGUUAAAAAAAAAUCUUGUGUGUUUUUUUUUUUAGACAGAAUCAAUGCUUGCCAAUUCACAACACUCAUGGUACAGAAACUUGGAUAAAGACUAACAGUAACAUUAAGAUAUUUAUUUAUAGACUUCAGCUCCCUGUUAAAGCAUGUUCACGUUCAUUCUGAAUUUCUUGCUGAAGUGUGUGUGUGUGUGUGUGGGGGGGUCCAAUGAUGAUUAAGGUAUUUACUAAAUGAGAAAGCUGUUACAACCAGGAAAGUACACUCCGUUACAUUUCUAUGUUAUGAGGAUGACCACUAUUUUAAGUUAUUAUGAGUUUGUACAUAUUAGGUGAUUUUGUUUCAUCGGACAACAAAUUAAAGCCUCAAGUUAAAUGGCUUAAACAAUCAUGAAAGGUAUUUUAAGUUGUGCUGUUAUUGCGCUUAAGUUCCUUUAAUAAAGACUGCAGAAAAUA